UGCUCGGAAGAAUACGAACAGUCAGUUGCAAUCAUUACUCCUGACUUGGUAUUGUCGCGGACAUCUCCAGACAGUGCCUUCGGCGAGGAUCGAUUGACCUUUCGAUGUCUGCCCACCAGGAACUCGUUCCGGCAGAGAUGAUAUUGGUGCGGUCUAGGUCUUGCAGUCUCGGAUUGGACCGGUCUUUGCUCUGGCGUAAACGGCAGAGCCCCCGGCUGUUGACUCUCUGCCUCGAUACUUGUCUCAAUACUUACGUCUGACACCAUGGCAGGAUCGUGGCCCGAGACUGGUCCGCUGUCAAGCGGCGGAAAAGCAGAUUCGACAGGUAUUCCAGACAUCGUCGAACGGGAAUCCAACUCCGACUGGGCCAAGAGAUAUGGCUUUCCUAAGAAACAUGGCUACUCGUUGUCAUACUGGCUACGAAACGUGCAGAAUGACCUUCUCUUUAAUCAUCGCACCACAGCCGAGCUACCUGAAUCGGCAGACAUUGUGAUCAUCGGUUCUGGUAUGACUGGAACGCUGGCGGCUAAACACUGCCUUGCCACGUGGCCAAACAAACGAGUGGUAGUCCUCGAGGCCCGCCAAUUCUGCUCUGGUGCCACCGGGCGUAAUGCAGGCCAUUGCAAACCGGAUCAGUGGCGCGGCUUCAGAGAGUAUGAAAGAUUGUUCGGAACAGAGCAAGCUCUCAAGAUCCUACAAAAUGAACAACAGACAUGGUCGGACUUGGUCAAAUAUGUCAAGGAAAAUGACGUUGAAUGUGAUCUCUGGGUUGGCGACACAUUGGAUGUUCCAGUAACGUCGCAGGCAGCAGAUGUAGCAAAGGACAGUUUCGAGCGAUUUAAGGCUGCCGGCGGCAUUGUUGACCAUAUCAAGGUUAUGCAAAAUCCAUAUGAAGCCAGAAAAAUAUCUCGUAUCAAGGAUGCAAAGGCGUGCUAUGCCUGGCCUGCCUCAACACUUUAUCCUUGGAAGCUAGCUGCUCAUGUCAUGCGCGAAAACAUCAGUAAAGGUGUCAAUCUCCAAACCCACACAACAGUUACCAAAGUCAAAUCGUCCUCACAAAGCCCCAGAAAAUGGAUUGUCGUCUGCGAGCGAGGCGAGAUCGAGUGCUCGCAAGUCAUUCAUGCUACCAAUGCAUACAGCUCCGCACUUGAGCCGUCUCUACGCGGAGUCAUCAAACCCAUUCCUCACAUUUGUAAUGAGGCCAUUCCUCCUGUGGGCUUCGAUGGAAACAGUGCAUUGCAAAACUCCUACGGCGUCCUUCUCGAAAAUGGGGCUCUCAUAACCAUCAACCAUCGAGGUACUGUCAGUGAUGCGAACCUGUUUGGCGGCAGUGGCCCAGGCCAGGGAGAUUUCCUGAAAUGGGUAGAAGAGCAUCCGGAGAUGUGUGCAGAUGACGGCCUAAAAUCAUUUCCGUCUGUGACAAAGGCCGUCCAGGAAUUUACGGAGUCUCAGUUUUCAGGGUGGAAGAACCCUUCGACAGACUCGAAGGAGCUCUACAAAGAUAGCUGGAGUGGCAUCAUUGGAUUGAGUGCAGACGGAGUGCCGUGGGUGGGAGAGUUGCCUGGUUUGCCAGGUCAAUGGAUCUGUGCUGGCCACCAUGGACAUGGUAUGGCACGCAUCUUCACUGCAGCACCUGCAUUGAUCAAGCUGAUGAACGGGGCCUCUUGGUCAGAGACGCAAAUACCAGACGUCUACCAAAUCACUCCAGCACGAGUGAAAGGCCUGAAGCAGCUUAUCGAAACAGGCCGAAUUCCAUCACGGCUUUGAUAUGCAUGACAUUGUUGAGUCCAAAUAUAGCGUAUCUCGAUAGACCGGCCAGGCAAAUGAGCAUUCAAGAGCUCAACCCUGAUGAAACAUAGAAUAGAUUGUAGAUGUAAGUGCGAGGAGUCUGACAAAGCUUCUAGGUGACUGGUAACUAUUUUACCAUGUUGUUGUCGCUGAGCAUAUUGUACCAGAGCCAAACCGCUGCACAAGCUGAUUGGGACCGUCGUGAGCACCAUGGGACAGUACUUAUAAAUACUGUACAGUACGUGGUACCUAGGCCAACCAGACCGCCCCUUCUGGACC